AUGUUAAAGGUUUUGAUUGGCAUCUCCUUUCUUCACAUCACUGCCAUCGUCCUCCUCUUCAUCGCCCUUAUUGAUGAUGCUUGGUGGUUCACGAGAAACAUGUACUCAGACAUCUGGGGUAGAUGGGUAAUGGAAUUUGAUGAUAAUGUCUGGGUGUAUCAAGACUUACCCACUUCUUAUCGCAAAGACUAUCUACAAGCAGUUCAGGCUUUUGCAGUGCUGUCCUGCUUGUUUACCAUCUUUGCACUGUUUGUGUUCAUCUUCCAACUCUUCACUCUGGGCAAAGGACAGAGAUUCACUCUCUCUGGUGUCCUGCAGCUGACCUCAUGUUUCUGUAUAAUGGUAGCUCUCUCAGUCUACACUGAUCAUUUCCACAGAGGGGAGAAAGAUGGCUGGUAUGGGUACUCUUAUGUCCUGGCAUGGCUGGUCUUCCUUUUAACCCUGGCCACAGGUGCCAUUUAUGUCGUCCUGAGGAAAAAAAUGGAUUAA